AUGGUGGUCAUCACUAAAAACGUCGUGAAAAUCAAUUGCGACGAUGUGGCCAAGUCUCCCGGUAAGUUGUCUUCGCAAGGCUCAUCUCCAGAUUAGCUUGCACAUUGAGCUCAGCGUUCCGCAGAUUGGUCGGUCUUCUGGAUCUCCCUCCCCAACGAAACAGUUGAUAUCAGGUCUUCGUGUGAGCCGUCAAAAAUACAGUGUGUGUGUGUGUGUGUGUGUGCAUUGGGCAUUGGCAUUUCCGCAAAAUAUGCGCGAAAAACUUUUGACGCGUGUGGCGCCAAGGCUCCGGCCCGCACUGAUCACUGGCACACUUUUCCAGUGCUCAAUUCACUCCGUCGAACACUUUUAUUCACUGAGUAUUCCCACCUGAAGGAGCGAGAAUCCACUUUAGGUUAGAAAAAAUAAAAAAAGAGCGAGAGAGAGAGAGAGAGGUAGAAGGCAACGGUUUGGAGAGUCAAGAUCUAAACUCAACUAGUAGCUAAAAGUGACGCACAUUCCAGUAACUUUCUCAGCACCUCCGACAACUGUGUCUUUGAUCUAUCUAGAAUCUGCAGACUGUUCUCGGCAGCUAAGAUCAGUUGCGACGGAAGAAAAGGCGAGCAACUUGUUUCUGAUGUAACCGAAUCCUUGUUAACCUCAGCCCGAUUCGAGGUUAACAAGCGCUUUCCCUCGCCGUUUUCCUUCCGCGCCCUCUCCAUCCGCAAUCGUUCCGCACGCGACAAACACAGUACGCCUGGGGGUGCACAAGUUGCUCAGGAAGAGAGACGCACAGAAAGUGUACUUUCUCUGCCCCUCUUUCCCACCCGUGCCCACCAGUAAUCCGGAGCGCUUUUCUCGAUGCCAAUUUCCGGUUACCAUCUACCUCUCCGGAGGGCUGGCAAACAACUGGCGUAUAAAAUGAUAAGCGACCGUUGAGCAUCGUUACUACUUUCCGCACCAUUUCGAUGCAAAAGUCUAAAGAUUCGAGUUUCAGAUCAGUUGCUGAGAUCAAUGUCAUCGGUGCAUCCGAUCAGCGAUGGACUUCCCUCUCAGCCACGGCCGCUCACUUACCGUUGGUUCCCCUCGUGGCGGUUCACGACAUCCCUUAUGCUUUGCUUUUGUUUUGGAUGGUACGAAUCGUUCUUUCUGAAAAACUUCCCCAACUAUUCCUACUUUUCAGUGUACACCUGAUGAACAGUAACAUGGGAAUGGCCAUCGUCUGCAUGGUCAACUCUUCAGUCACCUACGACAAUGAAACAUAUCCUGAAAACGCGGCUCCCCUGCUCGACUGGUCCUCCGACGAACAAGGAUACAUCUUCUCGGCGUUCAACGCCGGACUCCUCGUGAUGUUGUUCACCGGAGGAAUGGCUGACAAGUUCAAUGCCAAGUACAUGAUCCUCGUCAGUGUCGCCAUCGCCUCUCUGGCCAACCUCACCCUUCCGCUCAUGGCUCCACUCAGCGUCUACUGGGCCAUCUUCAGUCGUUUCCUCGUUGGAUUCGCAGAUGCUCUCUUGCAACCUGCUAUGAACUCACUCAUCACUAGAUGGUUCCCCACAUCCGAAAGAAGUUAUGCUCUUGGAUUGGCCACUGGCGGAAGACAAAUCGGUUCGUUUCCUUGCCUCCGUGAUCUUCGAAAGUCAUCUGUCUUUCAGGAACACUCAUCAUUAUCCCGGCUGCCGGAGCCCUUUGCUCUCAAACCGAAAUAUUCGGUGGCUGGCCAUCCAUCUUCUAUCUUUCUGGCGUGAUUGGAAUCGUCUUCAUCUUCUCCUACAUCUUCCUCGGCGCCGACAAACCAUCAAAACAAUCAUGCAUCACUGACAACGAACUGAAGUUCAUCACAAUCUCCAACCAAAGCGAAGAUAUCGGAAAGAAGAGAACCGAGAGAAAGGUGCCAUGGAAGCAUAUCCUCUCUUCUGGAGCGGUUUGGGCUUCCGUCAUUUCUCUGGUCUGCCACGAGUUCCCGCUGAUGACCUUGAUCAUGUUCCUGCCUUCGUAUCUCCAUGAUGUCCACCACUACCACUCCACCGAGAACGGUAUCCUCUCUGCCCUCCCGACCGUCUCCCUCUGGUUCGCAAAAAUCGGAUCUUCCUAUCUCAACACCUGGCUCCAAAAGAACACAGCCUGGAAGAAGGAUACCAUUUGCAAAGUGCUCAAUUCGAUUGGAUCCAUCGGACUCGGAGUCUUCCUCCUUGCCGCUACCUUCCUCGACAAGUCGCACGCGUGGAUGGCCGUCCUGUUCCUGUGCCUCAGUAUGGCGUCCGCUGGUCUCCACACCCCCGGAUGCCAACUUGCACUUGUGUCCGUUGCUCCCGCUUACUCCGGAGCCGUCACUGGAUUCACCUUCUUCUUCGUCGCAGUCUCCGGAAUCAUUCAUCCGAUUAUCACCAAGAUGAUUGUCAAGGACCGAACGGCAGCCGAGUGGAACUUUGUCUUCUACAUCUCCACAGUCAUCGCCGUGUUCCCGAUCAUCAUCUUCAAUGUCUGGGGAUCCACAGAGGUAACACAAAACUUGCUCUUCAUUUUCACACAAUACAUUGUUCAGGUUCAAUGGUGGGCCAAGAGCAAAGCGUCAAUGCAGCAAGAUCCUAACAACAAGAAACUCUCGAAGGCGUCGAAGGCCUCGUCUUCCCCGAGCGUCGACAGCAUCGACAUGGCCUGA